AUGGGGAAUGGUGAAAGUAAAAAACUGGAUUAUUCAAGCUGUGAAUGGAGGAAUGUCACUAAGGUUUCUUUGGGAGAGUUUCUGAGAUGUUUUGACCAGCCAAUAAGUGAGGAGCAGGCCUGGGCCCUUUGCUUUCAGUGUUGCCAUAAAAUGAAGCAGUUGGCUCAAGGCCCCUACCCUGUGAUGAUUAAAGGUCUGGGAAGCAUCCUUAUCCAUUCUGAUGGUGCUGUUUCCUUCAUGGUGUAUCCUAAGUCUGAUCUUAACAAGACUCCUCAACUGGAGGAGCAGCUGACAGAGCGUCUGGGAAUGGUGAUCUAUAAAGCCCUGGACUGGGGGAUUGACAACAAUCUGGAGCGAGAGCUGAGUGAACCACUGGAAAAGCUGAUCUCCCUCCUCCUGAAAUUAGACACUGAGGCAACAAACCCAGCCAUCACUUUCCAGGAUGUUCUCAAGAUCUGUGAGGAGCAUUUGCCUAGGCCCUCUGAGGCUGCCAGUUAUUACAGAACAGUCUGCAGGGUUCUCUUUGCUGAGUAUGAAGAUCUUCAGAAACUAAUGCUCACCCUACAGAGCUCCAAAGAGAGUCUAAGAAGAAUGGAUGUGGAGGACUUGCUGGAAAAUGACACUCAGAGGGAGAAGGAUAAUUACUGGGCUAGCUUGUGGCAUGAUGUCAUCAGGGAACUGCAGAAUGGAGUGAGGCUGCGCAAGGUCAUGGAGCAACCCCAACAUAGCAUUCCUCCCAAGGGAUACGCCUGCUCUCCCUAUGAGCUCUUGGCAGAGGACAUCCGAUGCAAGAGGUACACCCUCCGCAAGGUGAAGAUCAACAGUGAGCAAAACUGCAAGAGCUCUGAAGGCAACACAGUCGCUUCACAGCUCCCUUUAAAGCCAGCCUCAGAGAGGAAGCUAAAAGAGAACUCCCCCAAAGCACCCAGUCUGCACGAUCUGCUCAUGAUAGAAAUAAAACAGCCACAGAAGCUUCGGCCAUCUUCCACAGAGAGAAAUGGGAGCAGGCACAAAGAUACUUUUGUGAUGCCAAUGUUUUCCUUGAAUUCCCCGUGUGGCAAUGGCUUAUCUGUCCAAAAUGCCAGUACAGGACUUACAAUUCACAAAGUCCAAAAACAGAUGCUGAUCCCUGACUUGCUGGUCCCAGAAUUUCAGGUCUGUUUCCAUUGCCAUAAGCAGAUGGUCUUUCUGUGGCCUUACAGGUGUCAUCUCUGUAGCAGUGUCAUCUGCUGUGAUUGCUGCAUCAAGAUGUCCAUGCCCUUCAGACCAUGUGUGCAUCUUCCACUUAACUUAAUAAAAGCACUGAGACUCUCCAAGGAGGAGGACUCAGCUACCCAAGACCAGAAAUCCUCACAGUUGUUGUUUGAAGUAGAACAUUGGGAUUGUUCUAGAGUACCACUGGUGUUUGAACCCCAUUGCCUAGCACAGCCUCUUGCCUCUCAGAGAGAGACCAUGAUGGACUGGCCUUCUAUGGACAUCUGUACCACAUGUGAGCAAUACCUGUUGCAUGUCCUCUCCAGCCAGCAGCAAUGCAUCCCUCCCAGGAAAAGAUCCAGGUCAUGGACUGAACUGGAAUGACUCCUUCCCCUCUGUCUCUCUCGCCAAAUGUGUCUCCUGUC